AUGGGGAGGAAAACGAAAGGGUUUAAGCUACCGGUCGGCCAAAAGAACCGCGGUCCAUUACCGGAAAGCGAAACCAGCGGCGGCAGCGGCAGCGGCAGCGGCAGCGGCGGAGCUUCGAUUCCUUUCAUCUGCUCGUCAAACGCUGGAAACCAAUCGUGGGUUCGUCGAUCGUUUGUGCUUCUGGCAGUCAAGGAUUUGGAAGAUGAGACUAACGAGGAAGAGGAGCAGGAAGAGAUGGGGAAGAAAAUGGUUGCUAAAGGGCACAAAGAUGAUUUGGAAAGACUUAAGCAAAAGGACCCAGAGUUUUAUCAGUUCUUGCAAGAACAUGAUAAGGAGCUUCUUGAAUUCGAUGACGAGGAUGCUGAGGAGGAUGCUGAUAAUGAUUUGGAGGAACCAACCAUAGAUAAGGAUGAGGCAGUCGGUGAACAUAUUCAGUUGGAGAAGGAAGAGAAGAAACAAUCUAAAACUGUUGUAACUAUCGCAAUGGUUGAAUCCUGGACUAAGGCAGUGCUAGAUGGUGGUAAAAUAGGUGCCCUUCGUUCUCUUCUGAAAGGUUUCAGAAUUGCAUGCCACUAUGGUGAUGAUAGUGGGGAUGACUCUUCAUCAAACUUAAGUAUCAUGUCUAGCGCUGUGUUCAAUAAAAUAAUGGUAUUUGUCCUGAGUCGAAUGGAUGGAAUUCUUCGCAAGAUGUUGGACCUGCCUUCUUAUGGUGGGAAGAAAGAGGUGAUGCUUAAAGUAAUGGGUACCCGGAAAUGGAAGAAAUACAGUCACCUGGUGAAGUCAUAUCUGGGAAAUGCCCUGCAUGUUUUGAACCAAAUGACUGAUGCACAGAUGGUAGCUUUUACUUUGCGGCGUCUCAAGUAUUCGUCUUUGCUAUUGGCUGCUUUCCCAAGUCUAUUGCGGAAGUAUGUCAAGGUUGCCCUUCACUUUUGGGGUUCAGGAGGCGGUGCCCUCCCAGUUGUAUCUACUCUGUUCCUGAGGGAUUUAUGCGUACGGCUUGGACAGGAAUGUGCAGAUGACUGCUUCAAGGGUAUGUACAAGGCAUAUGUUCUGAACUGUCAGUUCAUAAAUGCUGCAAAGUUGCAGCAUAUCCAAUUUCUUGGGAACUGUGUUAUUGAAAUAUUUCGGGUGGACCUCCCGACUGCGUAUCAACAAGCUUUCGUUUACAUCCGGCAGUUGGCAAUGAUUCUGAGAGAUGCUAUCACUAUGAAAACGAAGACGCUAAACUAUGCCUUUUUCUUGUUUCACAAGGAAUCAUUUCGACGAGUUUAUGAAUGGAAAUUCAUGAAUUGCCUUGAACUUUGGACUGGUGCUGUCUGCACUUACAGUUCGGAAGCUGUUUUUAAGCCUCUAGCCUAUCCGUUAACUCAAAUCAUUUCCGGAGUGGCUUCACUGGUUCCAACUGCUAGAUACUUUCCUCUUAGAUUGAGGUGUGUAAGAAUGCUCAACCGCAUUGCUGCAUCUACUGGAACAUUCAUACCGGUUUCCACUCUCCUCUUGGACAUGUUAGAAAUGAAAGAACUGAAUAGGCCUCCAACUGGAGGUGUUGGCAAAGCUAUUGAUUUGCGCACAAUAAUGAAGGUAAACAAGCCUACGCUGAAAACACGAGCAUUUCAAGAGGCCUGUGUAUAUUCUGUAGUUGAAGAAAUAGCCGAACAUUUAGCUCAAUGGAGCUAUUCAAUGGCUUUCUUUGAGCUGUCUUUUAUUCCGGCUGUAAGACUAAGAAGCUUCUGCAAAGCUACCAAAGUUGAUAGAUUCAGAAAAGAAAUGAGGCAGCUUAUACGACAGAUUGAGGCCAACUCCAAGUUCACAAAUGAAAAGCGUGCGUCAAUCACUUUACCGAAUGACCCUGCAGCUGCAUCUGAAAUUGAGAACGAGAAACAGUUGGGUCCCAGUCCUUUGUCGAAGUAUGUUGUGACAUUGCAUCAAAGAGCAAAGCAAAGAAGUAGUUCACUGGUGGAAUCCAGGGUUGAUACAUCCAGGGAUGAGGGAAAGAAGAAGAAGAAGAAAAGAAAGAAAGGACAGGAAGAAGAAGAUGAUGAUAUCGUUGAGGAUUUCAUACUGAGUUCCGACGAGGAAGAACCCCCGAGUGGCACCCCUAAUGAGGAAGGCGAGAAUGUGAAAACAAGGCCACAGAAGAAAAGGCAGAAAUUUUCGAAGAAGGAAUCUCAUUCAAAGAAACCAAGAAGGAAGCAGAGGGAGGGUAAAGUAUGAGGGAGGGCAGUAAUCUGUUUGAUCUUUCUUUGUAGCUCUAAAUGGUCCAAAAUUUUGGGUUUAAGAACAACCAAUGAGAUUAUGGAAAAGAAAUCAAACACCAAGGCAACGAUUUUUUUGCAACUGGUCUCUAGGCCUUUCAUUGCAUCCACUUUUUGAGUACUAGUUUAUCAAACCUUAAUCCAUUUCUGUAUGUAUAUAUAGAACAAAUGUUCCCUAUAAAAUUGUCAAAUCAAU